GUACUACACUACUGUAGUCGCUUUGGCGCCGUCUAUUCGGGUCGAUCGUCGCACCUUUGCAAGCUUUUAUCCGCGAAGAGUCAGAGGAGCAUUACGCAGAAGGCAGCAAUUAGCUGGACAAGCUGAGGAGGGACUGGACCGACUCUUGAAUAAUAGCUAAGGGUCGAACGCCGGCGCUUGGCACUGGAGUUACGCACUCACCGUGGAUUUAAGACAGUGGCAUUCCGCCUUCUCGACGACUGCAACCACCCAACCUUUUGCCCACUUUUGCCAUUUUUCUCUGUCCAUUUGCGAGACGGAGCCAGUCCGUUGCUGCCGCCUAAACCCGCCUUCCAGAAACCCGUGGAUCUUGAGGCGGUCCGACCGCUAGAGGGUCUUCACCAGAUCACCGGAUUUUACACCUUAAAUCCGUCUCCAACUGAUCUUGCGUCACCAUGCCUCCUACUCCACCAUCGACAACCUCUUCGAGCGCAGGCCACUCUCCGCCUGAUCCGCAAUUCAGGGUCGUGCGCAAGAGGAACAGGGUGCCACUGUCAUGUGGGCCGUGCAGGCACAGAAAAUUGAAAUGCAAUCGUGGUCACCCGUGCGAUAACUGUAUCAAACGUGGAGACACCGCAUCAUGUACGUACGCUUCUCCGGGCAGCCGAAAGAAGUCCUCCUCCGGCACUGGCGCCAAUGGCUCUCCUGAUGACAUGCAAAAUCGCAUUGACCGCCUUGAAGGACUGAUCCUCUCAUUGAUGACCAAUGGAGCACAAAGUGCUGGACCAGCCGCCGCGCAAGCAGCCAUUGCAAACACUCUGGCUGGCUGCCCUUAUGGCUCUUCAGAGAACUCCUACAGCGCCAGUCACAGUAACCCAGAGUCCAUCAGGGAGGAGGAAGAGGAGGAAGGCGAUGAAAGCGAAGUGGAGAAAGUAGCAAAAUCGAUUGGCGUCAUGAAGAUGGACAACAACAGGACCAUCUUUGCUUCCGAAGCGCACUGGUAUGCGAUUCUCGGAGAGAUCGCCGAAGUGAAGAAUUACUUCAACGAGCACAAGAAGCAGUAUGAGGAGCAGCUGAAGAGGUACAAAGCCUCACGACCCGACGAUACCAGUUCCGGUACUGCAUUCCUAUUCGGCGGACAGAAGCCGGCUACCCAGGCUGACAUCCUCGCUCGGUUUCCGAACAAGUCUACUGCCGACAUCCUUGUUGCUCGUUAUUUCAAUACGUACGACCCAGGAAUACACAUCAUACAUGGACCCACGUUUCAGAAGCAGUACGACCAGCAUUGGUUGAAUCCAAAGGAAACUCCGGUCAUCUGGCUUGGCCUGGUGUUUGCCAUGAUGUGUAUCGCCCUACAGUCGUACUCCAGAGCCGGCGACGAGCCGCCAGAGUAUAAGGGAAAGUCCUGGGAUAUGUCGAGCGAGUAUAGGCAUAUGACUGCUCAAUGUCUAGUCACAGCCGACAUCACACAACCCGUUUCGUAUAUGCUGGAGACGUUGAUACUCCAUGUGUAUGCCGACUACGCUCGGAGUCGGGAUGCCGAGGCGGGAGUCAUGGUCGGUAUAGGUAUCAUUGUCCGCCUGGCAAUGCGAAUGGGCCUGCACCGAGAUUCGAGGCCGUAUCCCAGCAUUAGUGUCUUCCAGGGCGAAAUGCGGAGAAGAGUAUGGGCGGUGAUCAGAUGUCUAGAUCUGUUAUUCUCGGCACAGGCGGGACUACCUCCGAUCGUUCGAACCCGAGAUACGAACACUGAGACUCCGCGCAACCUAUACGAUGACGAGCUUUUCGAAGAGAUGGAUACACUUCCACCCUCGAGGCCAGAGACCGAGGCUACCCCAACUCUAUUCCUCAUCAACCGAACGCGUCUCAUCUACAAGCUGGGUGAAGCAGUGGAAUUGACCGUCUCCUUGACGUGUGCUGACUACGGCGACCUCCUCAAGGUGGAUCAGGAUGCCAGGGAGCUUCAUGAGGCUAUAUCCCCUCAUCUCAAGAUGAGAUCAAUCGACGAAUCCGCGCGAGAUCCGUCAACCCUGAUCAUGCAACGCUUCACGCUCGAGCUGCUCUUCCUCAAGAUUAUCGUCACCUUGCAUCGAAAGUGCCUUGCCCCGGCCCGAACGAAUCCCAAAUACGCGCAGUCAAGGCGCCUAUGUAUCGAAGCAUGUAUGACAAUGUUGCAACACCAAGCAACGUUGCACCGCGAGUGCCAACCAGGAGGGCGACUGCGGAACGUCAAGUGGUUCAUUUCAUCACUUACCACGGUCGACUUCCUCCUGGCAGCCAUGAUUGUGGCUGCGGAACUCUACCAUAUGGCUCGCGCGGAGCGCCACGGUCGCUCGCCAUCUUCCAACAUGGCGCUUUGGGGUUACGACCGCAGGGAUGAAAUGUUGGAUGCGAUAGAGACGGCUGUGGCCAUAUGGGCAGACCUGAAAGACCAGUCCAUGGAAGCUUAUAAAGCUCACGCCACCCUGAGCGUCAUGCUGACCCAGCUCAAGCAACAUCGGACCAUGCGCCAUACUCAUUCCAGCUUCUCCAGCGCGACGGGAUCGUCCUUCUCAGGUUCUCGGACGAUGGACGAGAACGUGGCCCCAGAGCACUCGGCAGCGAUGACUUUGGAGAUGCUGAGCACUGGUGGUGUGACCCCCGGUUCAGCGAACAUGUUCGAUACGCGGUAUGCAGCGUCGAUACCCAACAUUCUCAACGACAAUACCGGGCCGCCGGCUGGGCUCACGCCCAGUUUAAGCAGCCCGGGGGAUACUGCUCCAAGCCCAUUUUCAAAUCUAUUUGCGGGUAGUAUUGGCUUGCAGAACAUGGAUAUACCCAAUUUGGACAAUACGAACUUCGACUGGGGCACGUUCGACUCCUUUCUUCAGGGCUCCACUUCGGACGCUAUGCCUAACUUCUUCCCCAUGGACAUGAACAUUCAGACCGCUGGCGUGUCGUUCACCCAGAGCACGCAAAUGUCGCAAGAACAGCAACCGCCAACUACGAAUGCAUUUGCAGGGGACGCCGGGGCCGGGGUCUUCAUGGGAGUAAGUUGAAGUAAUGGAAAACACUCAUUUGACUGCUUUCUAACAAUAGACAGGCUCCGCAGGAGGCGAAACAGUAUGCUACGGAGGGCUACGUUAUGGGUUAUGCUCUACCCAAAGCGACCUAAAAAGGGUUGUCUCUCUUCUUCUUUAGUGCGACUAGUUUCUGGUUCUUGAGACUUGUUGGGCUGGCGUUUAGACG